AUGCCUUCCAAGGUGAAGCGUUUCAGGAGAAUCGGCAAGGCUCGUAGCUUGCGUCGCUUCCAGAUGAGAAGAAGUGACAGGGACAUCCACCUCAUCAACGGGACUUCUGCCACCAGGAGAGCACUUGCUAAAGUGAUGGCGCUGGAGGUCAAAGACGAAACAUACGACGAGUCAGAGAUUUUCCUUAGCUUCGCGCCCUGGGUCCCAUUAAGUGCUACUGAAGACACCCACGUAGUUGAACCAGAGGCACUCACAUCUUCCGUCAAACACCCAUGGGGCAUAAUUGAUUAUCACCUUUAUCUGAACAGUCUCGAAGCGGGAAAAGAUAUGCAUAUCAGGCGCGAGAACUUGUAUCUCUUCGACGACACAGACUGCGAACCCAUCCGCUACUGUGAUCUUUUCGUCACCGAAAUCUACAGAAUGGAAGAAGACAGCCAGCGAGCCCGCCUGCUCUUCGCCAUUCUACCCAUUGCGGAAAAAGGUGCAGUCUUUGGCGAACGUAACUAUGUCCUUGGAUAUGACUGGAAAUAUAGAAGUUUGUUUGCCCGCCAUUUCAAUUGGAUGCCCCACGACAUUCGUGAUAUCUGGUCUGUGUGGAGCGAAGGCACAACAGUGUACACCAUUUCCAUUUCCAGGCUGUUUAAUCUCCUGCAGUCAACAUUCCAGAAGCGGACCGGGAGGGCUGGCGAGGGGAUUUUGAGCUCAAAUCCUCUUUGCGCAAGCCUUCAAGUGGGCGAUGAUCCCGGCAUGGAGAUGGUCAUUGUCACUAUGUUCGCCCAAUUUGCUGCGGACUUUAUUGAUGUCAUCUUCAUUCAAGAAGAAUAUCAGAAGCAGAAGUUCCGUCAUCAACUUGCAUACUAUGAAGACCAAUGCCGACAGGUCCUGCAGCGCGCAUCGUAUCGGGCCUGGUUUGCCCUCCGCCCUGGAUCCGCGCGAGCCAAGUACAGAACGGAGAAAAACGAUGAAAACGAUUCCUUCAGACAACUCCUCCAGGAUUUGUAUGCCUUGGAAGAUGAAGAGCGACAGGAGCAGGAACAGUCGCAUGGUUUUGUGAUGCAAGGUGGCGAGUGGCGCGCAGCCGACCUCGAAACCAAGACAUGGCAACGUGAGGAAGACAGACAGAGGCGCCGUGAGGAAGCUGUCCGACGACUUGAGGGUCUCUUUGCUAUACCAGACGACCUCCCAUGCACUCAGUCCCCCGGCCAAGCAUUCGAAAAUAUCAUGAUCAAAGCUGGAGAGCAUCCCACGAUCGAUGAGAAUUAUCCCCCUGACGCUCCAAGGACCCCUUCACCCCCAUUCCGCCACAGAUCGGUUCUUCAGCAGAUACAAUGCUUGAGCCCAGGUUCUCCAGGAAUUGUUCGUCCAGCAACGGAGGAAUUCGAUGAUUUUGAGGUGACUGAAUAUCAUAAGAUACCCCUGCCUCUUCUUCUUGGCCGUGCGCUUGAGCUUCUUGAAGAACGGCCAGACUUGGAUUCGCUCGACAACAGGGGCCGAUUCGGAUCGCUUUUGACGGAUCUUGGAGUACGCGUCCGCAAGAGGCCCGUUGAUGAGCUCACUCUUGCACCAUCACUUGGUUAUGACAAUGACAGUUGGAAGUUGGAGGUGCAGACGCAUCCUGAGGUCGAAGACCAACCGCCUCGUUGUCUUCUUCCAUCCCCUCUAUUUGACUAG